AUGAAUUUAACUUUUUCCAUAUUAUCAAGAACAUCUAUUCAUAAUUGGACAACAAUAAAUAUUGAAUCAUGGAUUAUUCCUGUCGAUAUUUUCACCACACUCUGUAUUAUUUUUUCUAUGAUAUUUGCAUUAAUUUUCUUGUUGACUAUCGUUGUGGAUAAAACAUGUCAUACAGUACCAAUAAUGUUAAAUGCCAAUUCAUGUUUAGCUGUAUUUGUAAUGGGAAUUUCUGUGCUUAGUUUUAAUACGUUUACACUUCAAAAUGAUCUCAAACAAAUUGAAUAUCAAGAUUCUCUCUGUGUUCUCCGUGGCUAUAUUGGGUAUAGUGUAUGUGCUAUAGUGAAUUAUUCAUUUGUAUUACAAGCUUUAUUUCAAUAUAUGACGGCUGUUUAUCCGCACUAUUUAUUUUAUCAAUCAGUACGAAGUCAAAUAUUACUUAUCAUUAUAGCAUGGAUUAUUGGUUUCACAUAUCCUUUGGAAUUUCUGUUACGCGAUGAAAUCAUCUUUAAUGUUGACAAUCAAAUUUGCCAAAUACCUAUGAAAUUAUCUUUUUCAAUCACUUAUAUGUCAUUUUGUAUUUUUAUAAUACCAAUCUUGGUGAUUAUGUUUAUUUAUAUUAAAUUAAUUCUAUAUGUGAAGAAAAUAAGUAAACGUGUGGUAUCUGUAAAUAUUUUAUUUCGUGCACAAAGAGAACUAAAAAUGAUUCGUCGAACAGUUAUACUUGUAGCAAUACUAAGUACAAUUUGUGCUCCAUAUCAAACACUUAUUAUCAUAUCAUUGUUUACUGAGCCACCAAAAUAUCAUUUUCGAAUUGCCUAUGUAUUUUUAGAUUUAUCGUUAUUAUGUGUCAUAAUCGUCUUAUUUCAGUUUACAGAUCCUGUUAAAACAUCUAUUAUGAAAAGAAUAAGACGUCUAUCAAAUAUGAUAAUACCAACAAUAUCAUAA